AUGAAUGUAGUUUACCAUCAUGGUAAGGCAAACAUAGUAGUUGAUGCUCUCAGCAGGAUGUAUAUGGGUAGUGUAGCACAUGUUGAGGAAGAAAGGAAAGAGCUAGCCAAAGAUGGUCACCGACUUGCUCGCUUAAGAGUUGGCUUUACAAACAUGUCUGGUGGUGGUAUGCUAAAAGUUCAGGUUUUUUCCCAAGGGGGAGAUGAUUUGCUUCGUUACCAGCGUCGCUUGUGUGUUCCCAACGUGAGUGAGUUGAGGCAGCACAUCCUUACAGAAGCUCAUAACUCCAUAUAUUCCAUUCAUCAAGGUGCCACUAAUAUGUAUCAUGAUCAUUGGGAAGACUUUUGGUGGAACGGAAUGAAGAGGGAUAUAGCAGAUUCUUUGGCUAAGCGUCCUAAUUGUUAA